AUGGAGUUGGACCUGACUGGUGUGAUAUGGAACGACAAGCAUGUGGGCCAGUGGAUCCUGCUGCACUUCUCUGCUCUCCAUUGCCACUCAGUAGGAAAUGGUACUCAAACAAUCCAGUCGUCAGCAACUCCCUUCGAAUAUGGACACAGUUUAGAGAGGGUUUUGGUGGGUCAGUCUUCACUGCUGACUGCAGCUGAGCUAAAAGUGAUGUUAAGUGACGCAGCAACAGUCGUAGUGAACCCCAAAACCUCCACAAACAUGGGUGACCUGGUAGGAGUGGGAGUGACCUCAGUUACCAACCAGACAGCUGAUGAUGAUAUCAAUCAAUGUGAUCAGAGAGACACAAAGGCUCACCUCUUCUUCAUGGUGGUCUACACUCUGGUGUUUGUAGUGGGUUUGGUCCUCAACAGUCUCACCCUGAAGGUUUACUUCUGCUCAGCUCAGCAGCAGGUGUCAAGCAUCAUGAUGGUCUAUAUGAGAAACCUGGCAGCCUCUGACUUCCUGCUCUGUGUCUGCCUUCCCCUCCGCAUCAUCAAGUACAUCAGCAGCUCUGUCACCUUCCACCUGGUUUACUGCAACUUUGCUGUCUUAGGAUUGUACCUCAACAUGUAUGCCAGCAUCCUGUUCAUGGGUUACAUUGCUGCUAACAGGUAUCUGAAGAUCAUCUAUCCUUUAGGAAAUCACUUCCUGCGGACAGUUCAGGCUGCCCGCAUCAUCUCCACGGUAACCUGGAUUUUCCUGCUGGCCCCAGUGAUUUCGUACGUCACCCUGUCACUCCUCACACAGGAAGCUCGGACUGUUGUCCCUAACAGGUGUGAAAGCUUGCACAAUGCCAAGGUCCGUGUAUUCUACAAAAUCAUCCACAUCUGUUCUGCCGUCAUCUUUCUGGUCGUCCUCGUCUCCCUGGUCUUCUUCUACCACAGCGCCUCCCGCAGUGUGUUGCAGGCACAGCAGAGGCAGCUGGCAUCCUCCCGCUGCAAGAAGCUCAGGAGGUCACGCAGGAAAAUGCUGGUUCUUGUCAGCGUCUUCUGCGUUUGUUUCAUGCCUUACCACCUGGUUCGCCUUCCCUACAUCUUCCUACACAGGCAGUGCUCUUUGAGCAAAGUGUUUUACUACCUGAAGGAGCUGACCGUCCUGCUGUCAGUUCUUAAUGUCUGCCUGGAUCCAUUCAUCUACUUCAUGUUCUGUAAGGCGUUCCGGUCCCAGCUGACCAUCCACAUUACAAAGAGGAGAAAUGAAGGGCAGCCGAGAGCCACCAACAGUGAGACACUGCUCAGCACAUCGGUAUGA